GGCGCUUCCCUUCGCUUGGAAGUGGCUGUGUGCGGGCACGGUGGGUGCUCGGCUGCCCCGGGGCUCUUCCCGCGCUACCCCAGGCUAAAGCAGCGUGCCAUCAUGAUCCUGCGACAGAUCUUGCGGCUUUCCUCCCUUUUCCGCUCCGCUGUGUCCAUUCACGCGCGCAGGAACAUCGGGCUCUCUGCGAUUGUCUUCAACAAGACCAAAGAACUCGACCCGGUUCAGAAGCUCUUCUUGGACAAGAUCAGAGAGUACAACACGAAGAGCAAGCAAGCUGGAGGACCUGUUGAUGCAGGACCCGACUUUCAAAAAGACAUUGAUGAAUCCCUUGCAAGACUCCAACGGGCAUAUGGUGAGGGAGAUCUUACGAAGUUUCCAGAAUUUAAAUUUGAGGAGCCCAAGUUUGAGGAGACUCCGAAGUGAUCUCUGCAGCUUGUACACUGAACAGCGAUGUACAGCCAUGGAGUUGAUGAACGUGGCACAGUUGUAAUUUAAUAAAUGUAAUGCUUCAGUUUGGUUUCA